AUGUUGAAACGAAAGAUCAACAAAAAUUGUACAUUGGACGAUAUUAAUGAUUUAUUUAAAAGAAAUUUGAAAAUAGUUGAAGAUUUAUAUCAAAUUGAUGGCCGUAAAAUGUUCAGCACGUAUUUGUUUGAUUAUUUCAAUGCUGUUUGUCAGCAAGAACAAUUGGAAAUCAAUGCAUUAAUUGCUGCUAUGCUUGCAACAUCUUCGCAUCUCUUUCAACGAAGUUUUUCUUAUCGUCUUAAUCGUCUACCAAUUUCUUCAGCAACGUUUAGUUUAAUGGUAGCUGAUAGCGGUGAGUGCUGUAUUGCAAUGCAAUUUGUGGAGCCUGUACUCGCUCGAACGUACUAUGACUAA